UCGACCUCUAGCGGCCUAAACGAAGGUCUGAUCAAAGGUAGAAGACAGCAGCAGUCAGCGCACGUCAGGUAUGUCUCAGUGGCUGAACGAUGGAGAGGUGCUGGUGGGUCAGGGCAGCGGUGAAGCGGUGUCGGUCAGCCCCAGACCCCGGGGCCUGACCACCGGGAGCCCCAGGCUGGGUCAGAGACGGAGCCCGCUGCAUUCGCCGCGGGUCAGAGAGGCGACCUCAUUAAGCCCCCAGGCAGAGACCAUGGGCAAGGCCAAAGAGUUGUUCCUUCUGUGCGACAAAGAGGGGAAAGGGUUCAUCACACAGAGAGACAUGCAGAGGCUGCAGGGCGAGCUGCCCCUGUCCUCCGAACAGCUGGAGACUGUGUUUAAGAGUCUUGACCGAGAGAACAAUGGCUUCCUCACUCCAGUGGAGUUCUACACAGGACUCGGUGAGCUGAUGGGGCUGGAGGAGACGACUGAGCUGCACCCGGAGGAAGCAGAGGAGGGUGGAGGUGAAGUGGACUGCUCCCAGGACCCCACUGCUGUCAGAUUUGUCAACAUACUGAUGGAGCUCGGAGCCGACAAACUUUUCAAAGAUCAGCAGGAGCUCUGCACUCUGUGGUGUGAGCUCCAGAGGGGCACACCAGAGCUGCUGAGCUCCCUGGAAGGUGUCCUGGUCCUCGCCGUGUCCCACCUACAGGACACCAUCAGAGAAAGGGACAAUCUGGAACAAGCUCUUCGCAGACGGGAGAGUGAGCAUGACCAAAUGGUCCGCUCUAUAUAUGAGGAAAUGGAAAUCCAAGUCCGAGAGGAGAAGGAGAAACGGCAGGCACAGGAGCAGGACAGCUCUAAGGAGAAGCAGAGGGGUCGGCGYCUGGAGGAGGAGCUGAGGGUGAGAGAGCAGGAGUUGGAGAGCACACUGAGCAAACAGAAAGAGCUUGAGAUCAAAAUCCGACAGCUGAGCAGCGAGCAGGUGGGCAUCAAGGAGCAGAACCAGCAGCUGCAGAGGCUCAACAUGCAGCUCCAGGAGCAGGUGGAGAGCAGCAGAGAGCAGCUGAGGUCGGCCCUGAGGCAGCUCAGCACGCUGCAGAUCAGCGCCGCUCACGAACAAGCAACACGACAAAAGAAUGUGAUGGUGGUGUCAAGAAAUAUCAAGAAAGAGAAGGAGAGUCUCAUGAGACAACUGGAGAUAUUAAGGGACAUGAACAGAAAGAUGCGGGACGAGAGAGACGUCCAACAAGCACAUCAGAGGAACUCAGAAGUCACAAAGACUUUGCAGAAGAAAGGCUCAAUCAUAGGUAGCUACUUUCAGCAGGAUGAGCCAGUGGAAAGACAGCCAGGCUGUGCAGAUGAGUUGGAGCUGACCAAUCAGACAGAGGUUACAGUUGCCUCCAAGACCCUCCACCCGUCAGGUGUAGAUGAAAGUGUUGAGCAGGUACACACUCAGGGCAAAGCUGUGAGUCGUCAGCAAGUGUUUAAGGUGGUAUUUCUGGGUAACUCAGGGGUGGGUAAGAGCUCCUUCAUCCGGCACUGCUGCACGGGACACUUCUACAGGAACAUGAGUUCUACUGUUGGUGUAGAUUUUCAAAUGAAGACUUUAAUUUUGAACUCCACCACUGUCACGUUGCAGCUCUGGGACACUGCAGGGCAGGAGAGAUAUCGCAGUAUCACUGAGCAGUACUACCGAAAGGCUGACGGUGUCCUCGCUGUGUAUGACAUCACUCACUCUGCCUCAUUCACUGCAGUGAGAGGAUGGAUGGACUCUGUCAAGGAGAAGAUGUGUGAAGGGACUGUGCUGAUGCUGGUUGGGAAUAAGCUGGACCUAGCCAAUCACAGCCGGAAAGUGACGACAGCAGAGGGUCAGAAUCUGGCGGAGCAAUACCAGGCUUUGUUUUAUGAGUGUAGUGCCAAGACAGGAGAGAACAUGGAAAAUCUGAUAGAGCACCUGGCCGGGAUGUUGAUUACCAGGCAUGAUCAACAGUGUGAAGAUGCUUUUUUACUGUCCGAGGUCACUGCUGAGAGACGUUGCUGUACUUGAGGUAAAAAGUAGCGUUCAAGCUUCUGGAGAGAAUAUUUACUCCCCGGCUUUGGUUCAGCGCCAUCCCACACCAACAAAGGAUUAUUAUGUCCCCCGGGGCAUUCAGUUUAACAUGAAACAAGGACAUUUCUCUGUGAACAAGUUUACUGAAUAACAUCUGUAUCAUUUGUCUUCUUUAUAUUGUUGUCUUAAUAAUAAAAUUUUAAUAUAUUUUGAUAA